AUGUAUAGAAGAACUCUGAAUAAUAAAUCUUCGAUUCCAAAUACACAUUACUCAUUGCAACAAGAUAAUCUAAUACAUAAUUUCAAUCAAUUGAAUUUUAAUGAUCCUCUUCGUCAAGAUGAGAAUGUGUAUGAUGAUGAUGUUUAUCUAGGCACAAGAUAUAAUAACAACAACUAUAACAAUAUUGAUAAUAGAAACUUAUUUUACCCAAAUAAUAAUACAUCGAAUGUUAAUAAUGUUGGUUUUGAAAACAUUAAUUACAUUCACUAUAUGUAUCCUUAUGGAAACUUAAAUAAUCACAAUGUAACAGAAACUAUUAAUACCCCGGCUUAUAAUCUUUAUCAAAUAGAUUCACAUAAUAAUAAUAACAUUCAUGAUUUAAAUGUAAAAUAUUAUUCAAACCAUAAUAAAAACUAUUAUGACCAAAAUCAAAAAUAUAAUAAAAAAAAGUCCAGAAAUGAAGGAAACCAAAAUAAUAGAUUUAUUAACAACAACAACAAUAAUAAUUUGAAAAGAUGGGAUUCUCAUAGCACAUCUGAUCUUCCCUUUACUACCAAGUAUUUAACUUCCAGUGAAAGAUAUUUCCACGAUCCAAUUGAUAUUCAAUUGAUGAAAGAACAAAAUAAUAAUAAACCAUUUAUAUCUGUUCAAUUAAAUACCACAUAUAAUAACAGUAACAAAUAUAAUAAUCAUAACCAUAAUCAUAAUCAUAACUAUAGCAGUAAUUUUAAGUAUAAGAAAAAUAGUAAUCAAAAAGAUAAUACACAAAAGAAUGCUCUCUUAUAUUCCAAAGAACAAUUACUCAUUCAAGCAAAAAAUAGAAAUCAGGAGAAAUUGAAUCAAUUGUAUAAUUUAAUAUCAAAAUCAUACAACAAUAAACGAAAAGAUAGCCAACCAUUGUUUUAUAUGGCAGGCUUGGAAAGUUUACCUAUAUAUUCAUUUGAUGAAUUGAUCACAUAUAAAGAGGUCGAUACUAUGCUAGAGAAUGUUGAUGAGGAAAAGAUACAAUUAUCUGUUGAUAAGCAUCAGAAUACUGGUAUUCAAACUGGUUUGGAACAGUAUUUCAAAAGAUUUAUAAAAUGUAAUAUUCAACCAGUGGAUGACGUUGUUCGUGUAUUAGAUUCUACAGCUGCUCUUACUAUUACUCAAAAUGUGUUUGCUUCCAUUAAUAAUACUACUUCUAAUAAUGAUCAUGACACUGAGGCAGAUGUUAAUAAUGGUAAUAGCACUCAAAUUAAUGAUGAUGAAGACGAAGGCGGUAGCAACAAUGAAAGUGAAAAUGGAAAUAAAAUUAAAAUUAAAAACAAAAAUAAUGAAAGUAAUAAUUACAAUCCUAACACCAAAAAAUCUGUUAGAAAUUUGGUUCAAACAAAAACAUCUAUUUUACCUUUUAAUAAACAAUUUCAACAAUAUUCAAAUGAUAGUUUCGAAUUAAGUUUUGAUGGGAAAGCUAUGGAUAGAAGUGAUAUAUUUAGAAUGGUUGAUUCAUUUAGUAUCGUUUUUGAUAAUGAUAGAGAUUCCAAUACAAGCAAUCCUAAUAUAAAUAAUCCAAAUGGUAGUAAUUCUAAUACUCAGCCAUUUAAUUUGUCCGAAAAUAUAUUACCAGAAGAAAUGACAAAUAAUUUAGUCUAUUAA